AUGGCAAGAGUACCUUCCGACCCCGAGAUUAUAGUCUUUAGAGGCUGGCUUGACCGCGGGAAGCACGUCUGGUCCCCUUUCGUCACCAAGCUGGAGCUACGCCUGCGUUUGGCCGGUGUGCCCUACGCUGCCGAAGCCGGCAGCCUCAGCGAUGCGCCGAAGGGAAAGCUCCCGUAUAUGUCGUACAAGGCCGGCGAGACUUCCUUCAAGAUGGGCGACUCGGCGCUCAUCUCCCGUCGCCUGACGGAGGAGGGCGUCAUACCGGAUCUCAACGCUCGCCUCUCGGGUGCGGAAAGGGCCCAGGACCUAGCCCUGCGCACACUUCUCGAGGACAAACUCUACUUCAUCCACAACUACGAACUAUGGGAGCAGAACUACUACGUAAUGCGAGACCACAUCCUCGCGUCUCUGCCUUGGCCCAUGCGGGUGGGCGUAGGCAUCAUGAUCUACCGAGACACGAUGGCCCGCCUUCGCGGCCAGGGCGUCGGGCGCCACUCGGCAGAGGAGAUUUCGCUAUUCCGCGACGAGAUCUGGCAGGGAGUCGCCGACACGUUGAUCGAGGCCAAAGCCGAGAGCCCUGUUUCUGGCAACGAAUGCUUCUGGGUGUUCGGCGGCGAUGCCCCAACAGAGGCCGACACGACACUGUUCGGCUUCAUCGUCGCUGUUACCAUGUGUGCCAUGAUCGAUAUGUGGUCAAGGCCCGCCUCGCAAGAAACUAUCCAGAGGUUCCCGAUCAUUCUUGACUACGCUGGCAGAAUACAGGACAAGUACUUUGCGGAUUAUGAAAAAUGGGUUAUAUAA